AUGCAACAGCCCGUUGUCAAGUUUCCCUCGCAGGAGGAGUUCGUCCGUCGACUGGAGCAGGGCACCCUCAUCGAGAUGGAGAAUGAAUUGUCACAGCUCAAGAAGCUCAACGCUAGAGGAGAUACAUAUCCGGCCUGGAUCAUUGCCCCUAUCCCAGGAUGCCAGACGUCCUUUACAACAUCCUGGCUGCUGAUGGCAAAGAGCCCGCCGUCUGCUGAAAACACUAUUUUCCCCACUGUGGCCGACAGAUUCACCAUUGACAUCAAGGAAAGUGUCGAACUGCCUCAGGGUGUGUUUACCCUCUAUCAUCUUCCUGCGACACGGAUCGAGAACCCUUUCGAAAAUGUUGCCGACCCUAAAGGAAGCCGCCUGCAGAAGCUCGCCGCCUUCAAGGUUGAAGUCCCACGUUGCCAGAGAACGGACGAUGGCGAACAGACCGAGCUGGAUAUCAUGUCACAUCUGCAGGUGGCUGGCGCUUUGGAUAACAUUUCUGGAUGGUCUUUGGAUGAGAAAAACCGGAACAACAUCUCGAUUCGCUGGGAGGUGACGAGCCAAACCUUUGAAGCUGAAUUAGACGCGUUGCGUUUCUUCGUGGCCCCAAAAAGGUCCCAGAAGAAGGGCCCUUCCCAUCGUUCGAAGCUUGCGUUCGACAUGUUGCAGCAUUUUCAGCCCGAAGACCCGGAAAUCAUCAAUCUCCUCACCAAAUAUCGCCAACUUGCAGAGCCACACAAUCCCGCGCACAAGAUCUCUCCUGUCCUCGUGGAGAAAUUUGCCCACUUCAACGGCGACCAUCUGGCGGCCCACGAGGGUCUUGGUCAAAUCAAGAAUGGCCUCUACUUUGUAAAUGGUUGCCCUGGGACUGGCAAAACCGAAUGGAACAUGGUUAUUUCGGCGCUCAUCCAAUCGCAUUUCACAUACGGCACCAAAAAGGUUCGCCAUCAGAUUCUGUUUCUGGUCGACAUCAACAAAACGGUGUCGGACGCUGCCGAUAGGUACCACAGUCUGUGCAGGGAAGCAGGGCUCGACGUCCGGGUUAUCAGAAUGCAUGGCUGGCCAUAUGAGAUGCGUCAUUCCGAUCGGUUGAACCAGCAAGGUGGCCAGAAACAUGAAGGCGGCGACGUGGCUGCAGACUUCACAAAGAGCUUUCUGACAACAGCAGGCAUAACCCGUCACGCCCAUUUGGAGAGAGAUGAUACCCGGGCCCCUAGUCUUGAUGAGGCAGCGUGGGAUCAUUACGAGAGAAACAAGCACGAUGGCUAUCCUGGCCUCACAAAGCUACUGGAUCAAAUUGAGACGGAAGACGUGCUUGGUAGUGAGGAUUGGAGACUCCUUCGUCGCCUCGUCACCGGCUUAUACCGCGAUACACUUGCCGGCGCUGAUUUCGUUGCCACCACUCCUGUAGCCGCCUCUGGCAGCUUGUCCCAUUUCUUCCAGCCGGAGAUUGUCUUUGUGGACGAGGCACCGCAUGCUCGCGAAUUGACGACACUGAUUCCCUUGGCAUAUUUUGAUCCUGUAGCUUGGAUCUUCACAGGCGAUGUGAAGCAGACGCGCCCCUUUGUGAAAGACUGCGGCUCCGCGAAGAAUGCCGAGAUGAAGGGGCUCAAGUUCAAUCCCUAUACCGAACAGCUGCGACUAAGCACAAUGGCGCGAGCCGUCGCUGCAGAUGCCCUGAAUCACAAGCUGCUGGUCAACAACCGCGCCUAUGGCAACCUCCACCGCCUCCCGUCGGCCAUGUUCUACAAUGGGGAGAUGGUGUCAGGGCACGACGAAGAGAGUAUGUAUCCUCCAAGCACUGCAUACCUGAGGGAGCAUUUGGAGAAACUCUCGGGCCGUGAAAAUUUGCAGGAGAACCGGCUGGUGGUGAGCUUUGCUAGCAGCGCUGAGCAGAAUCACCGGAGCAGCUUCUGGAAUCCCAAGCAGCACAACUGGGUGGCUGAACAAGCCAAGUGUCUGCUGGGAGACUCAAAGUUUCAGAGCGUCUCUGGAGCUCCCGGGACCAUCAUGAUACAGACACCCUAUAGCACCGCGUAUCGAGAAUAUCAGACAGAGGUCAAACAGUGGCCUGUGGAAUGGCAGGGCCGUGUCCAGGUCCUGACCGUGGACAAGGCACAGGGCAAUCAAGCCGACGUGGUGUUCCUCGACAUGGUGAGAACGACAUCGGUCGGCUUCAUGGACGACCCACAGAGACUCAACGUCGCCAUCACUCGAGCGAGACAGGCGGAAAUCAUCGUCAUGCACGUUCGCAUGAACUAUCGCCAAGCCAAAGGCUGCCGACGCACCAAAUACGCCACCCAGCUCUGGGGAGACGCUCACGCGCACCGACGCCUUGUUCAUCUGCCUUAG